UGGAAGUGACUAGUACCAGGGAUUUCAGCUUCCUAACAGCCUUCUGUAGACAUUCUCUCCAGGAGACAACCUGAUUGUGGGGAGCCAUGGAGCAGCUGUGGCUGUGCUUGCUGGUCCUUGUCAGCCUUUCGGGUGCCUUCUCCCAGUCAGAUGUGUACAAAAAGGCCUUCGUGUUUCCAGAGGAAACGGACACCUCCUAUGUGACCUUGACUGCCCAGCUGCAGAAACCCCUAAUGGCCUUCACAGUCUGCCUUUGGUUCUACACUGACUUGACCCGAGACUAUAGCCUCUUCUCCUAUGCCACCAAUAAUUCUAACAAUGACAUUCUGAUCUACAGGGAUAAGAAUAGGGUGUACAGCCUGUCUGUGGGUGGGGAUGAUGCAUACUUCUCACUCCCCAAGAACAACCCUGGCCCUGUGCACCUGUGUUCCACCUGGGACUCUGACUCAGGCAUUGCUGAGCUCUGGGUAGAUGGAGAGCCUAUGGUGAGGAGGAGACUGAAGAAGGGGUAUGAGGUGGGGACAGAUGCCAGCAUCAUCCUAGGGCAAGAGCAGGAUGCAUAUGGUGGAGCCUUUGAUAAGGAGCAGUCUCUGGUGGGUGACACUGGUGAUGUGAACAUGUGGGACUCUGUGCUGUCCCCAGAAGACAUCAGAUCAGUUUAUUCUGGCAGUAUCUUCAGUCCCACUGUCCUUGACUGGAGGGAACUGCAGUAUGAGAUCCAUGGGGAUGUGGUAAUCAGACCUCAGCUGUGGCCCAUGGCUGAGGUUGCCUUAAGAUCUUGUGCAGAAUAAACCUGGUAUCCCCUUGC